AUGGCUGGCAAGAAGAAAGAAGUUCAGCUCCAGACCUUAAUAACCGAUGAAGAGCAGUGGGAUGAAAUGCUGCAGAUGAAGGGUAUAGUAGUGAUAGAAGUGUAUCAAGCUUGGUGUGGUCCUUGCAAAGCUGUGCAGAAUUUAUUGAGAAAACUAAGGAUCGACUUUAGUGAAGACAAUCUGCUACAUUUUGCCGCGGCAGAAGUUGACAACCUUGAAAUACUGAAACCAUUUAGGAGGAGCUGUGAACCUCUGUUUCUUUUUAGUGUUCAUGGUAAAAUUAUUGCAAUGGUGAAAGGUGUAAAUGCUCCUCUCAUAACUAAGACAGUAACAGAUUUAGUGGAAGAAGAGAGGCAAAUUGCAGCUGGAGAGAAGGAACGUGCUGAGGUAGAAGAACUCGUUUUUCAUGAUGAAGGUUCAUCAGACGGGUCUGGUGAGGACGUUGUGGAGGAGGAAAUAUUCACUUAUUCUGUUGGAAUUAUAAAACCUGAUAAUGUCUUAGCAGGACGUGUAGAAGAAAUUAAAAGAAAGAUUAUAGAAGCAGGAUUUGGCAUUGAAGCAGAUGAGGAGAGAAUGCUUACUGAAGAUCAAAUCAAAGUAUUUUACUCCCGGAAAAAAGAUGAGCCUGACUUUAACGCAUUCGUUCAAUUCAUGACGAGUAGACCAUGCCAUGUUUUGAUAAUCACUAAAAAAGAAGCAACUGGUGCUAUUCCUCAUUGGAUAGAACUACGCAAAAAAAGUGAGGCUGUUGAGCUUGAGGAGCCAAUCAAGUUGGCACCACUCAAGGAAACCGAGAGUCUGGUAAAUUUAUGCGAUGUGCAAGACAGUAUUGAAGAUGCCAGCAGACAGCUUGCCUUCUUUUUCCCGAAUUUUCAUAUUGAGGAGGGAGGACACGCUGAAAGGACUUUGGCCAUAAUUAGACCUAAGCUCUUGAAGGAAAGGCGAGAUUCCAUCAUUCAAAGGAUACAGGACGAUGGUUUCCAAAUAGCAAUGCAGAAAGAAGUAAUUCUAACUGAGGAGCAAGUACGUACAUUCUACCAAGAGCAUGUAGAUCAAGACUACUUCCCAGUCUUUCUAGAGCAUAUGACCAGUGGUCCAACUCUUAUAUUGGCUCUAACACGAGAAAAUGCUGUAGCACACUGGAGAAGUUUACUAGGCCCAAAGAUCCUUGAAGAGGCUAAGGAAAAUCCAGAGAGUCUGCGUGCAGAGUUUGCGUUUGAACAUCUACCUAUCAACCAGCUGCAUGGCAGCUCUACACCCAGUGAUGCUCAGAAGGAGCUACAGUUCUUCUUCCCUGAGGAACACACCUUUGCAGUAAUCAAACCUGAUGCAGCUACUCCUAAAGAUGAAAUUCUGAAAAAAGUUAAAGAGGCUGGAUUUAACAUUGCGAAGAUAAAAGAACAAGCUUUAACUCGGGAAAUGGCUUUACACUUUUACAAGGACCACGAAGGAAAACCCUUUUUUGAUGACCUGGUGAAUUUUAUGACACAGGGUCCAUCAGUGAUAAUGGUCUUAACAAAGGAAAAUGCUGUGGAAGAAUGGAAGAAACUCAUGGGUCCAACUGAUCCAGAAGAGGCAAAGAAGACCUGUCCUGAAUCAAUUAGGGCUCAGUUUGCAAACGAAAUUUUGGCUAAUUCUGUUUACGGUUCAUCUGAUAUAGAACAGGCAGAAAGAAGCAUUCAGUUUGUAUUUGGAGAGCUGGAUGCAGACUAA